AUGUGGAGUGAUAAUCACAAUCACAAUCACAACAGCCAUCGAGGCGGUGCAGGUGGACUCGGUAUCUCACCAUCGUCUUCAUACGAGUCACAAUCAUUGAUCGAUCAUAUAACGGCAUCGGCAUCAGCAGCGACAAUGUCACCAAGCCAACACAACAUGUUGACAAUGGAGGAUGCCCUAUGUUUCAGUGAUCAUAUCACAGCCAGUCACAACAGUACCAGCAGCAACAGCAGCAGUGGCAGUAGUAUGAGUGGUGGACACCACAACGAUGUCACCAAGUCACUAUUCGAUCACAUGAUGAUAUCGCCUGGUAUUGACAUUGGAAUGGUGUCAAGCGCACCUCUCUCACCUGCACCCGUUAUGCAACGUUAUGUUGAUGUUGGUAGCACGAGCGACAACUUCAACAACAACAACUCAAACACAAACAAAAACACAAGAAAGAGGAAAGAUGGUACAUCACUGGCCCGCUCAACACCAACUACAACAACGACAACACAACCAACAGAGACAUUAUAUUGCAAGAGAUGUCAAGGCGUUGCAUUGGUCGACUAUUAUAUCAACUUUGAGGAGAAGAUAUAUUGUUGUCCUCAAUGUCCCUAUCCACUCGAUUGUCAAGACGACUCAAUAUCAAACUUCAUCUUCUCAUCUGGCCACUCACAACGAAAGCAUCUAAAGAGGAGUACUCCACAGUCAAUCUCACACCAAUCGUCAAGCUCAACGCACAGCCUGUACAAGUCUGGCUGA